AGCGCUCAGCGCGGCAUAGCCUGCUUAGCCGCUCGCUCGCCCGCCCGCCCAGCCGCCUGCGGCUCUUCCGCGCGUCUUCCUCGCCCGCCAGCCCACCCGCCCGCGCCCCCUCGGUCGCAACUGCCCGCGCGGCGAGGCCCCCAGCCGAGGGGAAGGCGCGCGGGCGCCUCUAUGGCGCGCACCGCCAGCACGUGGGCAGGCCGGUGGCGUCACAAUCGCUUCGCGGCCGGCCAGUCCAGACGGCCCCGCUCCCGUCCCCGAGACCCCUGAAGCUCCCCGAGAAGUCGCUCGUGCCGCACACGGCGGCGGGCCCUUCCCCUUUGCAUCUCCCUCGCUCCCCGCGCGCAGUGCAGUGGUGCCCCCCCUGCGACCCUCGAUCUCCUCCUCGCCUUCCUUCCACCGCCUUUCCAAAAAAAAAACCAACCACAAAAACCCUCCGGAGACUGUAUGGUGUUUCCCCACCCGACGCCGACCCAUUAUUUCGCGCUGCCUUCGGGAAGCAAGUCUGAAUUUGAAGAGUUCACAGAAGAGUAUGAACCAGAUGAAUUGCCUGAAAAUGUUGACUUAGCUAAGGAACAGAAAAUAAAAUUCAUCUGCAGUUUGCUACAACAGGCCCCACCAGGAGAAUUCACCAAUGUUUUUGAAGAUCUCCGUAUCUUAGUCCAGGAUGACCAGCUCAUGAGGCUGGAGGCUGCUCAAGUGUCUGCUCAACACACUAGAAACAAUUUUACAUCUGUGACACUCAAAGGGGGCAAUGCCCUAGUGACUCGAUACAAUGAUCUUGGAGGACAUCGCUUCUUUGAUCCACAGAUCAAGCUUUCUUUUAAGUUUGACCACCUGAGUGGAAGAGCUGAUAAAUUUCUGUUCCAUCAUGACACCAUCGGAGAUGAUGCCGAAUUAUGGAGAGCAACCCUCAAUGUGGCUUUAGAGUCGUAUAUGACUAAACACUUCCUUUCAGGAGACUGCCGUGUGUUCAAAAAAAACCUGACAAGCAGCCCCUUCUUUGUGGUCUGCAUUGAAGGCCACCAGUAUAAGCCUUUAGAUUUCUGGAAUGGUCUUUGGAAAUCAGAGUGGACGUUUGCCUUUACCCCACCUGCUACACAGAUCAAGGGCAACAUUCAUUUGCAGAUACACUAUUUCAAAGGAGCGAACCUCCAUUUGACAGUGAACGAAGCCAUAGAAGAAUCCAUCACCUUAAUUAACCGGGCCCAGUUUGCUUUGGAUGUUACAAAAUUAAUUGAAGCUGAAGACAACAAAUUUCAGAUUGGUUUGGUGGAAGGCCUCCAGACCCUGUCAGAAGAAAUAUGGACUGGAGCACUCCGUCGGCAGCUCCCAGUCACUCGUACUGUCAUCGAGUGGGAUAAAGUGCUGACUAGUCAGAGCACAGAGGUGCAGGCAUCUGGAAAUGAUAUACCAUUAAGUUUGCUGAAGUGUCUUUUGUGAAUGAAAUAUAGGCCAAAUAAAACAGCAAUCACUGAGUAGAUUCACUUGAUUGAUUGCCUGAUGGUCCAUGGGAAUGUUGACUCUUUCAGCACAACAAAUGCUAUCCAGGUCAGUAUUAUCCAAACUAGCAGGUUUUCAUUUACUUCUUUGUUUGCUGGGAAAUAUCAGAACCUUUUGCAAAAGAAAAGAGCUUCUUCCAUUAACAUGAUGACCAAGACUAAUACGACCAUGCCUUUAUACCACAAUGAAACGCAAAGAGACAAGAUUAGAAGACAAGAGACAAGAUGCAGAGACAAGAUUAGAGACAAGAUGCAAACAGUAGAUGCAAGGAUUUACCUGGGGCAGUUACUAGAAAAUCAGAACUGUCCCUCAUUCAAUACAUAAUAUGUACUGAACUACAGAGUAUAAUCUAAACUUAGAUGUAUGUGUGUAUGUAUGUAUGUAUGUAUGUAUGAGUGUACAGUAGAACUUUGUUAUUCGUGGUUCUGCAUAUUUGUGGGUGUCUAAUUGACACCCGUUUUCAUUAUCUGUGGAAACUAAAGUGUUAAAACCCACAUAUCCAUGGUUCCUAGAGGGCCACAAGUGAACACAGAGGUCACUUCUGGCCACCUUUUUGUCAGGAGCCAGGAAAAACCAUUUUGUGGCUCAUUUCUUUAAAAAAAACCCAAUUUCCCCAUGAUUUUUCACAGUUUGGGGGGCAUUCCAAGGAUUGGGGGACAUUCCUGGGCAUUUUUAAAUGUUCUGUUUUGAAAACUUCAGUAGAUGAUUCUAUAUGAAUGUGGUACAUCUGUGAGUAUGUACCAUGGGAGCAUGGUAUAGUAAACAGUUUUAAUAAUUUUUGCUUUUUUGCUGGUUUUUGUGUGUGUGUGUUUUCACCUUUUUAUUUAUUUAUUAUUUAAUUAAUUAAUUCAAUUGCUAUACUGCCCUUCCAAAAAUGGCUCAGGGCAGUUUACACAGAGAAAUAAUAAAUAAAUAAGAUGGAUCCCUGUCCCCAAAGGGCUCACAACCUAAAAAGAAACAUAAGAUAGACACCAGCAACAGUUACUGGAGGUACUGUGCUGAGGGUGGAUAAGGCCAGAUACUCUCCCCUUGCUAAAUAAAGUGAAUCACCACGUUAAAAGGUGCCUCUUUGCCAAGGUAGCAUGGGUAACUUGGUCCAUUCUGGAACCUAACCCCGCUUUCCCUUAGGCAUAUUGCCUUGUUACUUGCAGUUUUGUUACUCGUGGUAGUAGGCGAGAUAUGGAACCCGUGUAAUGAGGUUUGUUUGUAUGUAGGUAUGUAUAUAUAUUUGAAAAUUGUGCCCUGCCUUUCUCUGCAGACUCUGGGCAGCUAAAUAAAUUUACAAUAAUAAAACAAUUAGAAACAUAAUAAGAACAGAAUAGCAGCAGCAAUCAUAAAAAUUAUACAAAUAUUCAAAAGCAGCAUUAAAUAAAAAGAAUGUGAGAAACUAACAAAACCCAUCAACUUGUGAAGUAUGGGAAAGAAACGCUGAAAGAGGAAUGUCUUCAAAUUCUUUUUCAAAAAUGUAAAGAUCAAAAGAUUAAUUCUACUAUGAACAACAAACAGGUAUGCCACGUGUCUGAAAUUAUAAACCAGGAUCUGAAGUAUUAUUUUAAGCAAACCUAGUGAGAUUUAUUAUUUUCUUUUGAGCAGCAGAACUUACUCCUUAUCAAAACAGCUUUUGAAACUCCCCUAUUUCAUGGACAUGGAAGAUGACAUGGAGGAAACUAUUCUGAGAAACACAAGUCCAAAUCACUCUUGAAUACACAGAACUUGUUACGUGGAUCUUUGGAUCCUAACCGCAGUGCAUCAAUAACAAGGACUAUGGGACAGUAGAUGGCAUUUUGUUCUACAGAUACAAAACAAUGGUUGAUCCUAGCACACAGUGUAGAGAUUUGUUUUUUUUUUCUUUCCCCUAGCCAAAAGACAAUAGUUUUAAGGCACACAAAUCAGACUUAAGGCGCUUACAGCUUCAAAAGCUGUUGGAGCGGAGGGAUAAUUGUAAUGUAGGAAGAGAAACAGAAUUCAGAUAAAAUAGAAUAUACUUUGCAGUGCCAAAAAUUACUGGCUCUUUCUACCAUUCUGUCCACUUUUGGAACAGAGCCACUAUAUUGCCUGGGGAAAUUAAAUUCAUCCUGAUGAGGCUACUUGAGCAAAGACAUUAAUAUACCUCCACAAUGCUGAAAAAGACAUAAACUAUAUAUUAUUGAAAAAGAAAACUGGCUGCAAGCAAAUACAAAUUAUAAAUAGAUCACCAGAGCCAAAAUGUUGAUGGUAGGCUGCUUGGGUGAAGAAGCAAAUUACUUUGGUUUCUCAAAAUAUAAAGGGCCUUGAAGCUUGUGCCUUUGUGCAUUGAGACCCUCAGGAUUAAUAGGCAGCAAGGUUAAAACAGUCAAAAAACACUUAGAAGUUUUACUGUCUCCAGAAUUAUACAAUCAUAUAUCUAAAAUACUCUCCGUUUCCUCUUCGCAGAGUGCUCCCUAGUCUUCAAGUCCAGUAGUCCAGCUGAAAAUGUGAAUGGAGUAGCCAUUGGUCUGGAAUGAAGGGAUGGGUCUAUCCUAAAUAUUGUAGGGCUACACAAGGGCCCUGGCAUCCAUCUUUUGGUUGUUACCAA